UUGAACUUCGGUACUGCCAAGUUCAUUGCUAUAUAGUGGUUUGACUAAUUGAUCGGCAGACCAUUCCGUACGUGAACCUGGUGCCGUUUGUGCCACCACCACCGUCAACGGAACCGAUCCAGUCUGCGCACAGAUUCAGUGACUUGUUUUUGUGAUUGUUUACUUUACGUUGAGGAGGAUCCUUUUGGCUUUCCACCGACUCUCUAUCCGGUAUGGCACCGAAUUUACUGGGCAACAUAAUGCUUGGCAAUUCGGCGGAUCCUGUCCAAAUAAUCAGCAAACCGGUGGAAUACCACGACCGGACGAUUUCUCAACCCCAACCGCGAAUUGUGAAAGUCACCGAAACCAGAAAACCUAACCAAUCUACUGGGCCCAAAUACAAGUGGGAAAUUGUUUGGAGGAAUGUGAUAGCCUUUAUCUACUUGCACACGUUUGGUUUAUACGGAUUAUAUUUGCUGUUCAAUGGCUGUCAGCUUAAAACUGUGUAUUGGGUGCUCGCCGUAAUAAUCCUGUCUGGCCAAGGAAUAACAGUAGGAGCUCACAGAUUGUGGGCCCAUCGAACGUACAAGGCGAAACUGCCCCUAAGAAUUAUUUUGGCCUUCCUCCAGACAAUGGCGUUCCAAAACCACAUCUACGAAUGGGUCAGAGAUCACAGGGUGCAUCACAAGUUCACGGACACGGACGCGGAUCCUCACAAUGCCAAACGAGGUUUCUUCUUUUCCCACAUGGGAUGGCUGAUGUUGAAAAAGCACAAGGAUGUUUUUAUCAAGGGAAAGACGGUGGACUUGAGUGAUUUAGAGGCCGAUCCGGUUGUCAUGUUCCAGAAGAAAUUCUAUCUUGUGUUGAUGCCUAUUGUUUGUUUCGUCUUUCCUGCGUUCAUCCCCUGGUACUAUUGGGGAGAGAAUUGGUGGUAUGCUUGGUACACCGCCGUUAUUUUCCGUUAUACCUUGUGCUUAAAUGGUACUUGGCUGGUAAAUAGUGCUGCCCACAUUUGGGGAACCAGACCAUAUGAUAAGUCAAUAAAACCGACCGAAAAUAGGUUUGUGGCGUUCAUGGCUUUCGGUGAGGGUUGGCAUAACUACCAUCACGUCUUCCCCUGGGACUACAAAGCGGCGGAACUGGGCAAUUACCGCCUCAACUGGUCUACCUCGUUCAUUGAUCUGAUGUCGAAGAUUGGUUGGGCCUACGAUCUCAAAACGGCUUCCUUAGAAAUAAUCCAGAAACGCAUAAAACGUACCGGAGACGGUACUAUAAAAGCCAAAGAUGUGGGCGACGGUAUGCAUCAUGAUCACGAUCACGAUCACAGUGACGCCAUUUGGGGUUGGGGUGACAAGGAUAUGAAUGAAGAGGAAAAACAAGACGUCAGAAUAUUUAACAAGCUAAAGGAGACGUAAAAUGACGGUUUUAUGUUGUUUAUAAGUCACUUCCUUAUAUUUUAAUGAAUGUUCUUAGGUUACUUUUAUAAGUGAUGUUUACGCUUAGGCUCGUUCAUGUAAAUAUAUUCACGCUGAUCAGUAAAUGUAAAACAUGCGCUCCACAUACCACCGAGCCAGUGUAAUCCGUAUUAAUCGAUGUUCAUCGGUUAUGUACACAAUGUUACCUAUCGUAAACGAUAAUGUAUUAGUAGUUUGUGUCCAGUUUAAAUAGUCAUAUUUUAAAAUCGUUGUACAAGCCGUCGAGACUAGAAUAAUAUUUUAUGAAUUAAUGUUUAUAUAUUUUAUAAAAUAUUUUUCUUACAUUGAUUCACUUAUGUAGUGUGAUACUUUUAAAAUUAUGUAUUAAUUUACAUUAAAAUAUAUUUUAAUUGAAGACGAUUAAUAAUUUAUUAGGUUUAGGGCUAAAUUAUUUAAAUUUUCUGUUUUCGAAAUUAAUUUAUUGAAAUAUAUUAUAUAUUGUUGUUUUAUUUGUUAA